CUCGGUGCCCGCCGCUAGCCACUUUUCGUCCCCACGCCCGACCGCCUCGCUGCCUGCUUUGCCAUGGGUCGACAGAAGGAGUUGGUAAACCGUUGCGGGGAGAUGCUCCAUAUCCGCUACCGGCUGCUUCGCCAGGCGCUGGCGGAGUGCCUGGGGACCCUCAUCCUUGUGAUGUUUGGCUGUGGCUCCGUGGCUCAGGUGGUGCUCAGCCGGGGCACCCAUGGUGGCUUCCUCACUAUCAACUUGGCUUUUGGAUUCGCCGUCACCCUUGCCAUCUUGGUGGCCGGCCAAGUGUCUGGAGCCCACUUGAACCCUGCUGUGACCUUUGCCAUGUGCUUCCUGGCACGUGAGCCCUGGAUCAAGCUGCCCAUCUACACCCUGGCACAGACACUGGGGGCCUUCUUGGGCGCGGGGAUCGUUUUCGGGCUGUACUAUGAUGCAAUCUGGGGCUUUGCCAACAAUGAGCUUUUCGUCUCCGGCCCCAAUGGGACAGCGGGCAUCUUUGCCACCUACCCCUCUGGACACUUGGACAUGGUCAAUGGCUUCUUUGAUCAGUUCAUAGGCACAGCCUCCCUCAUCGUCUGUGUGCUGGCCAUUGUUGACCCCUAUAACAACCCUGUCCCCCGUGGCCUGGAGGCCUUCACUGUGGGCCUUGUGGUCCUGGUCAUCGGAACCUCCAUGGGCUUCAAUUCUGGCUAUGCUGUCAACCCUGCCCGAGACUUUGGCCCUCGUCUUUUCACUGCUCUGGCUGGCUGGGGCUCAGAAGUCUUCACGACCGGCCGGCACUGGUGGUGGGUACCCAUCGUCUCUCCACUCCUGGGUUCCAUCGCUGGUGUCUUCGUGUACCAGCUCAUGAUCGGUUGCCACCUGGAGCAGCCCCCGCCCUCCACGGAGGCAGAGAAUGUGAAGCUGGCUCACGUGAAGCACAAGGAACAGAUCUGA